AACAGAGGAGUUGUUGAGAGAGAAAUGAAAUACUCUAGGGCUUCCGAACCACUGCAAUCGUGCUCCGAUGGACGACAUGGCUGCCUACUACGCUCAAACCCAACCACCCGCCCUUCUCAAUUAUUCAUAUUAUCAGCCACCUCCGCCGCCGCCUAUCAUGACGGUGGUGCCACCUCCUCCCGGCACCGUUUUCCCGCAUCCGCAGUAUGUUCCUCACCACCAGCAACAACCUCUCUACAAUUCCUUCGCUCUUCCUCAAUCCCCCACACACGAGGUCCGUACCCUCUUCGUUGCUGGACUCCCUGAAGAUGUAAAACCCCGCGAAAUCUACAACCUCUUCCGCGAAUUUCCUGGUUACGAAUCAUCGCAUCUUCGUAGCCCCACCAAUUCAUCACAGCCUUUUGCUUUUGCUGUGUUCAUGAAUCAGCAAUCUGCAGUAAUGGCAAUGCAUGCUCUGAAUGGGAUGGUGUUUGAUCUUGAAAAGAAUUCAACUCUUUAUAUUGAUCUUGCCAAAUCCAACUCUAGAUCUAAGCGAACGCGGAUAGAUGAUGAGAGAGGUGGCUCGGAUAAGAAAGCUAGAGGGUCUGCACCGUCAUGGGCGACUCCUGAUUCCGCAGGUGUUAGCAGCAUUCACAUGCCUGGAAUGGGUAAUCCUUCUAUCAACAUGAACACGAUUGGUUAUCCAUCUGCACAAAGUUAUGGGAGUGCUGAUGGAAAUGCUGUCAAUGAUGGUCUAUAUGGAAAUCUGAAAAAGUGUUCAAUACCUUACAUUCCUCAAAAUACAAUCCCCUGUGCAACUUUAUUUGUAGCUAAUCUGGGGCCGUCUUGUAAUGAACAAGAGCUAAUACAAGUGUUUUCUAGAUAUCCUGGAUUUUUGAAACUGAAGAUGCAGAGCACAUAUGGGGCUCCAGUUGCAUUUGUUGAUUUCCAGGACGUUGGUAGCUCCGCUGAUGCUCUAAACAAUCUGCAAGGCACCAUUCUUCACUCCUCUCCAGCUGGCGAGGGAAUGCGUUUAGAAUUUGCUAAAUCGCGGAUGGGAAUGCGGAAGAAGCCAAAGUAAGUUACAUGCUAGUAAGUAAAAAAAAUUGAGAUACACACUGUGCUGCGCUAUGAAUUGUUCUUUCCCGGUACAAUAGAAUGGAUGCUGAGUGGUUUUAUCCCAGAAUUUGCAAAUUUCAAAUUUCAGUCUCUUAAAAUGCAUAGUAGGACCCCACGGCCCAAGUUAAUUGUUUGUAUUUUUCGUAGUGUUAGAGUUUCACAUUGGAAAAGAUCACCCGGGAUUUUAUUGACUGUAAAUUUUAUAUAGAAGUACUUUUUUUUUACUUUUGAUGGAUUUAUGAUAAUUCAUAUCAAUUUUGUUUGAUGUGUAUCUUAUGUGUUGUAAUUUUGCUAGUGUAAUUUAUAUGCCACUUCAUACUUAGUGAAAAACUUAAAACUGAUCAUGGAA